CUAACCCAUGUUUCGGUGAGAGUGUAAGUUUGUGUCUUGUAAGUUUAUUUGAGGCAAUACACUUAGCUAGCUCUGUAACUUUAAUGUUAUUAGCGAAAAAGUCUCAAACGUAUAACUCUGCACAACACCGGCCAUGUUCAAGUUCUACGGUAAAGGGCAGUUUGAAGAUCAAACAGGGAGAUACAGGGAGUGAAGAAGUGUGAGGAGGAACUGUGCCAGCCCUCCACAAGAGGGCACAGAUGAUGUUGCUGAAGGAGGCUAAGUACCCUCCCUGGAGUGUUUCUGAUGACAUGCCUAGUUGAUGGUCGAGGUUAGAGAGUGUCAUCACAUCGGAGAGAGGAUUAGAGGAGAGAGGUUGUCUUCCAGGAGCUGUGUGGUCCCCCCUACUCUUCAACCCAAAACCCCAGCACCAAGACACAAAUCCCUCUAUGAGCGAGGGAAGACCCGGUGAAGAAACACAAGAAGAAAACUCAGAGAGGAAUCCUAGCCUUCCCUCUCACUCGGCCAGCACUCUGCUCUCUUGCCUUUCAGUCGACCACGGCUGCGAGAGCUGCACGGGUGUGAGUGAGUGGCCUGGCUGGACCUUAUCCCAUUCCCUUCAUCUGUCCAUUAAUCCUCCCAUCUAUCCACCCCGUCUCCUGUCAUCUCGGGCACCAUGCUGAUGCAGUGGCUGGCUUGGUUGGCCCUGCUGUCUCUGGACUGGGCUCCAGGCAGCUGGGCUUUCACCACCACCAGGGCUCAAGGCCUGAGGGGUCGCAUCCAGAGAGACCGCAGAAACAUCCGGCCCAACAUUAUCCUCAUCAUAACGGACGACCAGGAUGUUGAGUUAGGUUCUCUUCAGGUAAUGAAUAAAACCCGUAAGAUCAUGGAAGAUGGAGGCACAACUUUCACUAAUGCCUUCGUCUCCACACCGAUGUGCUGCCCGUCACGGUCCUCCAUGUUGACGGGCAAGUACGUCCACAACCACAACACCUACACCAAUAACGAGAACUGCUCCUCUCCUUCCUGGCAAGCUCAGCACGAACCACGCUCAUUCGCCGUCUACCUCAACAACACUGGCUACAGGACAGGCUUCUUCGGCAAGUACCUCAAUGAGUACAAUGGCAGCUACAUCCCGCCUGGGUGGCGCGAAUGGGUUGGAUUGAUCAAAAAUUCCCGCUUCUAUAAUUACACUGUCUGUCGGAAUGGUUACAAGGAGAAACAUGGUGCUGAUUAUGCCAAGGACUAUUUCACAGAUCUGAUUACCAACGACAGCAUCAACUUUUUUCGCAUGUCCAAGCGCAUGUACCCUCACCGCCCUGUGAUGAUGGUCAUCAGUCACGCUGCUCCUCAUGGCCCAGAAGACUCAGCUCCACAGUACGCUGAGCACUUCCCAAAUGCUUCGCAGCACAUCACCCCCAGCUACAACUACGCCCCAAAUAUGGACAAACACUGGAUCAUGCAGUACACAGGCCCCAUGAGACCCAUCCACAUGGAGUUCACCAACUUCCUCCAUCGGAAGAGACUGCAGACGCUCAUGUCUGUGGAUGACUCAGUCCAGAAGGUGUUUGAAAUGCUCGAAGAAACUGGGGAGCUGGACAACACGUACGUUAUCUAUACAGCAGACCAUGGCUACCAUAUUGGUCAGUUUGGAUUAGUAAAGGGCAAGUCCAUGCCUUAUGACUUUGACAUCCGUGUGCCAUUCUUCCUGAGAGGACCCAACAUAGAGCCAGGGGCAGUAAACCCUCAUCUGGUGUUGAACAUUGACCUAGCUCCCACCAUUCUUCACAUUGCUGGGCUGGAUACCCCUUCAGACAUGGAUGGAAAGUCCAUCCUUAAGCUGCUGGAACAGGAACGGACUAGCAAUAGAUUCAAACCCAACCGGAAACCCAAAGUCUGGAGGGACACAUUCCUGGUGGAGCGAGGAAAAAUCCUGAGGAAGAAGGAAGACUCAGUGAACACUCAGCACACCAACAGCCUUCCCAAGUACAAGAAGGUCAAAGAGACGUGCCAGCAGGCCGAAUUCCAGACGCCCUGCGAGCAGCCUGGACAGAAAUGGCAUUGUGUGGAGGAGAUCACAGGGAAGUGGAGGAUACAGAAGUGCAAAGGUGGUUUGAAAGAAGGCUCCAGGAAGAGGGCCCGCAGCCUGAGGCCCAGCAGCACUUAUGACAACAGAGAAAGGGGCUGCGACUGCGGGGACGCUCUCCUCAGACCCUCCAGAACGGACCGCCGUUCCCACCGACAGUUAUCUGGCUCAUCAGGACAGCGUUUUCGGCCACGUUUUGUCCACACCCGGCCCGCCAGGUCUCUGUCUGUGGAGUUUGAAGGUCAGAUAUAUGACAUUGACCUUCAAGCAGAUGAUCAGUCAGCUGUCCGCCGCCGUGUCAUCUCAAAGCGCCACUACACCCCAGAGGACCCAGAGUUUCAUUUGGGCUCAGAUGACGGUUCAGAGGAAAUGCUGGCGGAUGAUACCAAUGCUGUGGGAUACCCAAACUCUGUGAAAGUUACCCACAAGUGUUAUAUCUUGAUGAAUGACAGUGUCCAUUGUGAAAGAGAAAUCUACCAGUCCUCCAGAGCCUGGAAAGACCAUAAGAGCUAUGUGGACCAGGAGAUAGAAGCGCUUCAAGACAAAAUCAAAAACCUCCGGGAAGUAAGAGGCCACCUGAAGAGGACACGACCAGACGAGUGCGACUGUGGAAAGAAGAGCUAUUUUAGCACAGGAGACAGAAACAAGGCACAGAGAGUGAAGAGCAGGAAUGAUCAACUCCAUCCGUUUAAGGAGUCAGCGCAGGAAAUUGACGGGAAUGCCCAGUUGUACAACGAGAUCCGCAGAAGGAAGAAGGAAAGAAAGGAGAAGAAGAGACAGAGGAAGGGAGAUGACUGCAGCCUGCCCGGCCUCACUUGCUUCACACAUAACAAUGACCACUGGCAGACUGCUCCCCUCUGGACAUUGGGUGGAUUCUGCGCAUGCACCAGCUCCAACAACAACACCUACUGGUGUCUGAGAACCAUCAACGAGACCCACAACACGCUGUUCUGCGAGUUUUUCACUGGCUUCCUGGAGUACUUUGACCUCAACAGUGACCCCUACCAGCUGACCAACACGGUGUAUACAGUAGAUCGGGAUGUACUGAACUCCCUCCAUGCCCAGCUGAUGGAGAUGAGGAGUUGUCAAGGUUACAAACAGUGUAACCCUCGCCCAAAAGGCUUGGACACAGCACACAGCCAAUAUGGGACGGACGACAGGGUUAAGCUACCCAACUUGACAGACGAGGAGGUGAACUGGCAGGGACUGGAGGAUCUGUAUAGUAUAAACGAAAGCCUUUAUGAAUGUAGGCCUGACUACAGCCCCAGUCCAGACAACUGGGUCAACUUCCAGAAGGAUGUAGAUAUGUUUGCACUGCGACACGUUUUAGACAAAUUCAACCGAACCCUUGACGACUCCACCCUGCCAGAGCUGGGCUCCGGGGCCGGGGGCGGAGGCCUUGAAGAGGGCAGCGGACAAGAGUUGGCCUCAGCCAGCGACGUCUGGCCGGAUCUGGCCGCAGAGGCUCACCUCACCACCCCCGCCCCCAGCAAAACGCCAUCAGCACCUCCCACACCCAGGCCCACACUGGAAAGGAAACUGGGAUCUGUUGUCAAUGACCUUCCUGAGAGGCUUCUAAACAGACAUGGGGUGCCUGUGAUGUCAGCAACACCGGUGACGGUUUUACCAUCAGGUCCAAGAAGAGACAGGGUUAUCUUCCAGAGCGACAUGUGGGCGCAGCAGCUGGAGGAGAUAGAAGGAGAGACGUUUAGCGGGAACGGACUGACAGAGCUGGAGACUCGACAUGACAACCUGCUACGUACUCACAACAGCCUGCAGGCCCACCUGGAGCCUGGCCUGGGCCACGGAGAGGCAACAAGCCCUCAGGGUCUCGGCCUGGACCUCGAAGAAGAGGAGGACAUUUUCCAGGCCCAGGGCUUCCUCCCUUUCUCCCAACAGACGAUGAGGCCCAAGGUGCAGGCCAGCACCACCAGAAGCCCCCCCACCACACAGACUAGCCCCCCACAGAGUGUCGGGUUGGUACUAAAAGUGCUGCCUCAGUCAGCGUUGCCCCUCACCUUGGACUAUGAGGGCAGCGGCUCUCUGCCUCAACCCUCCAAUCAGACCCUCUAAGGCAGAAGUAUGCGCUGGCCAGCCAGCCAAUGAGCUGCUGGCCACCAUAGAGACACAGAGACACAGUGAUUGGGAGAUGAGCUGCCAAGAGCAAUGGCGAAUGAUGCCGCCUCAGUCAGUCAGAGUUGUACAAUGGUUAUUAAAGUUAUUGUUUAUUUUUUUACAGGUGCCUACAUUUAUUAGUAAACAGUGUUAUGACUUUUUUUUCAAAUACAUAUUU